CCACCCCAAAGGCUCCUCCCUCCCACCACAGUUACUUGACUCCUGUGCAGAGAGCACAGUACGUGCAGCGUCACAGGCUUACUUCUCUUUGCUUUUACCCCCUCAUCUCCACUGCUUGACCCGGGGAUAGACCCUCCUGCUGCUACCCUUUACCUGGUGAACCUCUGGCUUUAGGAGCUGUACCCCCCACUGGUUUGAAUAAGACACGUUUGACUUUUUAUCACAGAAUGUCCUUGGGAGGAGGGAACAAGUGUGGCUCUUGCCAGAAGACGGUGUACUUUGCAGAAGAGGUGCAGUGCGAUGGACGGAGCUUCCACAAGUCCUGCUUCCUGUGCAUGGUGUGUAGGAAGAACUUGGACAGCACCACAAUAGCAGUCCACAGUGACGAGAUCUAUUGCAAGGCCUGCUACGGCAAGAAGUAUGGGCCAAAAGGCUACGGCUUCGGACAGGGUGCCGGCACGCUGAGCACGGACACUGGAGAGUCUCUGGGGAUUCAACCUGCUGCAGCUGCUCUUCAUCAGCCCACCACCAACACCAACACGUCCAAGCUGGCCCAGAAGUUCGGUGGGUCCGAUAAGUGCCCACGAUGCGGCAAGGCAGUCUACGCCGCUGAGAAAGUGAUCGGAGCCGGAAGUGCAUGGCAUAAGAAUGGAUGCUUCCGCUGCGCCUUGUGUGGGAAAGGGCUGGAGUCAACUACGUUGGCUGACAAGGAUGGAGAAAUCUACUGCAAAGCAUGUUAUGCAAAAAACUUUGGCCCCAAAGGAUUCGGCUAUGGACUGGGUGCAGGGGCCCUGUCUCACACCUAGUGCAGACCAGCUCCUAGCCUUCCUGUGUCCUCCUCAGAGCAGAAGAAGGUCAGCGGACAUGGCUGCUCUACUGCCUCCUGUCACUGGGUCCACCACCCUGGGGAGGACUGCUUCUUGAAACACAUUCAAUCACUGAAUAUGUAGCUGGUGGCAGUAUGAAUCCAUUUCAUGUUUGAUUUCAAGAUUUCCCAUUGUAAACCUCCAGUGUUAGCCAUUCAAAGCUAUGUCAGCCAGUUACUGAUGUCGCAAAGAACCAGAAUAAAAUAAUUUGAAAAAAAAAGAAUUUAUUCUUGAGAAACGUCUGAUGGUGUUAUAAUGGGUCUAAGAAAGUUGUCAAAUUUAAGUAAUUAUCUUGAUGUAUUUAACUUAUGAACAGCGAUGAAAUGCAAUGCAAGGACUCUAAAUAUCUGGUUGACAUUCGCCUCUCCCCACUAAUGACUUUAAUGUAAAUAAAUGUUGAUCAUACAUGUUAUUCUAUCUUCUUAUGAAUGAACUGUGUGUAUUGAGAAUUAUGAAUUUAAAGACACUUUCCAAGGAGAACAUCGGUGUCCAGAAAGGAUGCUAUAGCUCGUAGGUUGAAUAAAUGACAAGAAUACAUGUUUUAUUCUGUCGUUAUGAGUAUGGCAUGUGAAAAGGAUCUUAAUUAAUGUAUAUGACGAUGUCUAUGCCGCUGCGUAUGUAGACUGUUAUGUGCAUGGUAACUGGAUGCGUGCAUGUGAUGUUCAAUGCACUUACGCAUCCACUUAUACAUGGACAUCCAUCCUAUUGACAGCGGACUGAGCGGAGCAGUUAUCCGGUAGCAAUGCACUUACGUAGGCUAUGUAGCCUGGCUAACACCUGAGGUCUGGGAACCACACAUUAUGCAUAUGUUGGUUUGCUGUUCAGGUUUGGUUUGUUUCAUUUUGUUUGGGUAUUUCCAACAUGGUAAAGAUGGUUUGUUGUUCCCAGUAGGCUAUUUGUUUUGUCUGUCUGGGUAAGUUUCCUCCGUUCUGGCUCGGUCGGUCCUUGCGAUUUUGGUAGGCUACUGGUUUUCUGUCCAAACCAUAUGAUCGCACAUUUUCUAAUCUUCCAUACGCUACACUAAUCCCUUUACAGAUUUCAUGAUACUUACUUUAUUCUAAUAAAUAACUUUAUCCCUUAUCAUGUGUGGAUCCCGAUCUUUGCGCUGACCCGAGCCUCGUCUUAAUGCAGCCAAGGAGAUGGAUAUCAGAACGAUGGAAGAGCAUUAUGAAUAAUUAUUAGAUGAUUGUGUUGUACAAUAAAACACAGUAAAGAUUCAAUAUAAAUGGCAAAAUAAGGAUGGGAUUUUAUUUGAACAAUAAAAUAUGUGUUUGGCAAAUUAUGGAGAGGCUGAGAUUAUAGAUUUCAUAUUCAAAAGGCGAAGGGCUGAACAA